AUGGAAAAUGAACACAUUGAGGCUUCAUCAUUUAUUUAUAAUGAUAAUUUAUUUGUUGUUGGAGGAAAACGCUGCAAGUCAAUGGAGGCAUUGAAUAUAAAACAGUUUCCUUUGACAUGGAGAAAAGUUCCCACAGAGCUUCCUUAUGAAUGUCGGGGUCAUCAAACUGUUGUUUAUAAAGAACAAAUCUUUCUCAUUGGAGGAUAUAUUGAUGGUAAAAAAUCAGAUUUGAUCAGUGAAAUAAAGAUUACUGGUGCAAAAUCUCAUGUUUUAAAAGAGUUGUGUCAUAUGCCUGAACCACUUAAAGGCCAUAGAGCUGUUGUUGUUGAUGAUAAAAUUCUUAUUUUUGGAGGAGACGAAAAAUAUACACUACUUUUGUCCAGUGUUUUGGAGUUUGAUCCAAGGACUCUUACAUUUAGGGAAAUGCCUCCAUUACCUCCUAAAUUGAUUGGAAUGGCAACAGUUCAAUGGAAAGAUCAAGUUGUUCUACUUGGAGGUUGGGAUAGAAGAAAAAGAUUGAACAGUGUUAUCAUGUAUGACAUUAAAACAGGUAAGAUUACAGUCUUACCAUCUAUGUUGGAAGAGAGAUAUGGGUGUUGUGCAGUUAUAACUGGUGAUACAAUUGUUGUCAUGGGAGGUAAGAAUGAUAAAUGGGAAGAUCUUAAAUCAGUGGAGUGUUUCGAAAUGGGAAGUAGUUCUUCAUGGACAUAUCUUCCUUCAAUGAAUGAAUCACGAGUUGCAGCCAUUGCUGAAGUUUUACCUUUUGGACAAAAGUAUGUCUAA